AUGUAUCCUGUGGUACACGAGCCUUGGACUCGCUCAAACGCUUGUGCAGCGGAGUUGAUGGGAAUGGUAGAUGCCGCUGACAUGCCGUCCUUCGGAUAUCACCGCUUGACAGCGCCCAAACCCACUGCCCAGACCCCCAAUUAUGCCACGAGCACCAACAGGGCUCACGAAGAGAGAACGACGUCCGCUGCUAGUGCCGAACGCGCGUAUUGGAUUGAUGCUAGGCUGCAGUGUGCAUUACAAGUGCACUCGACGAACGCGGACCAUCGUAAUGGCAGAUUUGGCUGCGCGGUGUCAAGUCAGUACCCGAAACCGGACACGGUGUCAUUAUCUCAAAACGUAAACUCCCUCUCUUUCAAGGACGGAGUUGCUGCGCGGUCGCUCAGCGGAUGUGUUCAAGUCCUCACGUUGGCCGUGCUUGCGCCGGUUUUCUUUACGGAAGAUGGCAUCGCCGUCUCCCUCAAGAGGUCUUUCUACCAACCUGUCCAACAAGGACCCUCUGUAACGUUGAACUCAUACCCUUUGAACAUCGAGUUGGGAGUUGUUUCGCGUCAGGCGAGAGUGAUUCCCCGACGUCUUGUUCCCCUCAAACGUUCGAGUUUCAUUCCGUCAAAAGGAAGUAAGGAUGAAUUGCGAGCGACAGCUAAUCUUCAUGCACUCCUCGAAGCCACCCCGUAG